GUCAGAGUGACAGUCGUAAACCUGGAAGUAAACAAAGUGGCAUCAUUUUCUUCACAGAAACUUCUUGAAAUCGGUACGGAGUCCUCGGCAUCAGCUUGUUCUAGUUUUUAUCCAUUUCGCUCCAGCAAAUCUCCACAAAAUGCCGAAGUAUUACUGCGAUUAUUGCGACACGUAUCUGACGCACGAUUCGCCCAGCGUCCGCAAAACGCAUUGCACCGGUAGGAAGCACAAGGACAACGUGAAAUUCUACUACCAGAAGUGGAUGGAGGAACAGGCCCAACAUUUGAUCGAUGCGACAACAGCCGCUUUCAAGGCCGGAAAGAUCGCCCAGAAUCCGUUCUCUGCCGGGCCUCCGAAGCCGAAUGUGGCCAUCCCGCCGCCCUCGAUGGGAAUGCCUGCCCGACCGGGGAUGAUUCCAGGAAUGCCUGCCGGAGCACCUCCACUGCUAAUGGGCCCCGGACCGAUGGGAAUGCGCCCUCCCAUGAUGAUGCCAAUGGGCAUGCCCCCAAUGGGAAUGGGAAUGCGACCUCCAAUGAUGAAUGGACCUCCUCCACAAAUGAACCAGAAGGUGUAUCACAACACUGAUCGGCGAUAUCAUCGAUAACAUUUCUUUUUAAUAAUUUUUAUUAUUGAACAGUUGAAUUCAAUGUUCUCUCUAUUUCGAUUAUUUGUAUUUCAAAAAGAUUUAAAUAAACGAAAGUGAACUUCAAAAA